AUGGCCAUCAAAAGUCCUAAAAUGCGUGUUCAGCUUUUCGGAAAGUUCCGCCCCUCCCAGAAGCCUAACUUCGAAGACAGCGAACUGGCAAAACAUAUUCUCAAUCUGUGCGCCCGAACGACGCCAAGCGAGGUCGUUAUCAGCGCGUCGUUCAGUUCUCUCAGACUCAUAUCUGCUGAAAACAAAGUGAUUGGCAGACUCAACUGGUCGCAGGGCGUUCAGGCACUCAAAGUGGACUCCAAAACGAGCACAUUUGCACUCCUCACUGAAACAUCAGAACAAAAGAAGUCCGACUGCUUUGUAAUCAGGCUUCUUGGGCAGGACAGUGAAGCCAGACUCUACAGUGACCUUGUCAGAUGGCAGUUGGACAGCGUUCUUCGGAACUAUGGUGGAAAAAAUGAGGAGUCCCCCAAACAACAAGAGCAGCAGCAGCAGCCUGUAAAAGAAUGGAAAGAAGGACAGAAUAUAUGCAAAUGUGAAUCAGUGUCGCAGAAUAAUUCCGCCGGUGCGGGUCUCCUUGUGCUGGGCCAGGCCAACAAGCGAAUGCCACUAGCUGGAAGCAACAAGGGUUCCAGUUCUGAGGAUGCAAAUUCAGAGGCGCUGAGUAUCAUGAGCACAAAUGUCCCAUCAGUUAAAAACUGCCACAAUCGGCUGCCUCGAAUGGCCGUUCUGAGAGGUGACUUCGAUGAGGACUAUAUCAAAACUGUGGGUGAAAGUCUUGGAAGACGAGCAUAUGGUCCACAAAUCUAA